AUGAGUGGAAGAAGAGGUAUUGGAAGAAGAAAACGCCAAGCAAGAUAUCAAUCGGUUUAUUCAAAAAAGGAUAAAAUAAAAGAAGAAGAAGAUGAUGAUGAAAAUACAAGUAGAUCAAUAAAUUCAGAAAGUGAAGAAAUUGAUAUGGAAGAAAUCCAGGAAGAACUUCAUCAUAAGUACCCAACUAAUAGAAGACUUACAAGAUCUAUUGCACCUAUAAAAUUAAAGAAGUCAAAAAAAGGUAACGAAGACACUGAAACUUCUUUUGUUGAAGAAGAAGAAGUCCCAAAGAAAGUAGGUAAAAGAACUAAAAGAAAAUACACAAAGAGAGUCAAAAAAGAUACUGAGUAUGAAAAAACACUUACACAUACCGAAGAAAAUAUGGAAGAAGAUAGAGGUGAUGUUGAUUUGAUUAAUAACCCUAUUCUUCAGUUAAAUAAGAACGAAAUAAGUGGAAGUUAUGCAGAAAAAAUAAGACAAAAAGUUGAAGAAUUUAAAGAUAUUACAUUAGUUAAAACAGCAGAAAAAAUUAAUGUUCCAACUGACAAUAAUGUUAUUGAUCUUCGAACACAAAAUUCGUAUUUAAUUAUAUCAAAAGAACAAGCAGAUAGAAUGUUUAAAUUUACACCAGUUCAUAUUAGAAAAGGAAAGUAUAGAUUUCCAGGAACUGAUUUAUGGUAUAACACAAUUGAGGAAUAUAAAAAACUUCAAAAAGAAUAUAAAACAAAUGAGGUUGUGUAA